AUGCCGGACUUUGCAGAGCAGUCGAUGAUAGCAAAAAUCACAAAGGAACUCCCAACGUUUUCCGGUGCAGUUGGUGAAGAUUCACAUAAGUGGCUCACCAUAAUAAAAUCCAAAUUUGCUAUGCUGAGAUUUGACAAUGAACAAUGCCGACGUUAUAUUCUUCAACAACUGCUUGGUGAAGCUCAAGAUUGGUAUUUGGCACAAUCGACAAAUUUCAGUGAUUGUGAUUGGGCCUCGUUCCAAGCAGUCUUCUGUCUCAGAUAUCCACAACAACGACAUCAAACCAAUUCAAUGUUAAUUCUUCAACAGCUAAAAGACCGAAAACGGCAUACAACUGAACCAUUUGUUAAUUAUUAUAAUGACUAA